GCCAGGAGGGGCGGCCGCGAGGGCUGCCAGCCGGGGCUGCUCGGAGCUGGCGGGCGCCCGGGCGGGUCUGAGGUGGCGGGGGCUCCGUCUUCUCCUCCUCCGCCCUCGAAAGUAAACUUUGCCGCUCCGCCCGCGGGCUCCCCGGUUCUCGCCACAGGGCCUCCGGGCGGCGCGGGCCGGCGUCAGGGCCUGUCUGCCUCCCCGGGCGCCGGGCCUGGGCGCCAUGGACGCGUCGGCGCUGGAGCGGGAUGCGGUGCAGUUCGCGCGGCUGGCAGUGCAGCGCGACCAGGAAGGCCGCUACUCUGAGGCGGUGUUUUACUACAAGGUCUUUUGGAUUCUUUGGAUUGUGCAUUUCUUUUUUUUUUAAGGAAGCUGCACAAGCUUUAAUUUAUGCUGAGAUGGCAGGAUCCAGCCUAGAACGGAUCCAAGAAAAGAUCAGUGAAUAUCUGGAAAGAGUCCAGGCUCUGCAUUCUGCAGUUCAGUCAAAGAGUGCUGAUCCUUUGAAAUCAAAACAUCAGUUGGAUCUAGAGCGUGCCCAUUUUCUUGUUACACAAGCAUUUGAUGAGGAUGAAAAGGGGAAUGUGGAAGAUGCCAUAGAAUUAUAUACAGAAGCUGUGGAUCUCUGUCUAAAAACCUCUUAUGAAACUGCUGAUAAGACCCUGCAAAAUAAAUUGAAACAGUUGGCUCGACAGGCACUAGAUAGAGCAGAAGCACUGAGCGAACCUUUGACAAAGCCAUUUUGCAAACUCAAGUCAACAAAUAUGAAAACGAAGACCCCUCCAGUAAGGACACAUCUUCCUCUAGGAUCUAAUCCUUUCCUUGAAAAGCCUCAGCCAUUUAUAAGUCCACAGUCAUGUGAUGCACAAGGACAGAGAUACACAGCAGAAGAAAUAGAAGUGCUCAGGACAACAUCAAAAAUAAACGGUAUAGAAUAUGUUCCUUUCAUGAGUGUUGAUCUGAGGGAACGUUUUGCUUAUCCAAUGCCCUUUUGUGAUAGAUUGGGCAAGCUUCCAUUAUCACCUAAACAAAAAGCUACAUUUUCUAAAUGGGUACGACCAGAAGACCUCACCAACAAUCCUACAAUGAUAUAUACCGUAUCCAGUUUUAGCAUAAAGCAGACAAUAGUAUCAGAUUGUUCCUUUGUGGCAUCACUGGCUAUCAGUGCAGCUUAUGAAAGACGAUUUAAUAAGAAGUUAAUUACCAGCAUAAUUUACCCACAGAAUAAGGAUGGCGAACCAGAAUACAAUCCCUGUGGAAAGUAUAUGGUAAAACUUCACCUCAAUGGUGUCCCAAGAAAGGUAAUAAUUGAUGAUCAGUUACCUGUAGAUCACAAAGGAGAAUUGCUGUGUUCUUACUCCAACAAUAAAAGUGAAUUAUGGGUAUCACUUAUAGAGAAAGCAUACAUGAAAGUUAUGGGAGGAUAUGAUUUCCCAGGAUCUAACUCAAACAUUGAUCUGCAUGCUCUGACUGGGUGGAUACCAGAAAGAAUUGCAAUGCAUUCAGACAGCCAGUCCUUCAGCAAGGACAGCUCAUUCAGAAUGCUCUAUCAAAGAUUUCACAAAGGGGAUGUCCUCAUUACUGCAUCAACCGGAAUGAUGACUGAAGCUGAAGGGGAGAAGUGGGGCCUGGUUCCCACACAUGCAUAUGCUGUUUUGGAUAUUAGAGAGUUCAAGGGGCUGCGAUUUAUUCAGUUGAAAAACCCUUGGAGCCAUUUACGCUGGAAAGGAAGGUACAGUGAAAAUGAUGUGAAGAACUGGACCCCUGAAUUGCAAAAGUAUUUAAACUUUGAUCCCCGAACAGCUCAGAAAAUAGAUAAUGGAAUAUUUUGGAUCUCCUGGGAUGAUCUUUGCCAGUAUUAUGAUGUAGUUUAUUUGAGUUGGAAUCCAGCUCUUUUUAAAGAAUCAACUUGCAUUCACAGUACUUGGGAUGCUAAACAAGGACCUGUGAAAGAUGCUUAUAGCCUGGCCAACAACCCCCAGUACAAGCUGGAGGUGCAGUGUCCACAAGGGGGUGCUGCAGUUUGGGUUUUGCUUAGUAGACACAUAACAGACAAGGAUGACUUUGCAAAUAACCGUGAAUUUAUCACAAUGGUUGUGUACAAGACUGAUGGCAAGAAAGUUUAUUACCCAGCUGACCCACCUCCAUACAUUGAUGGGAUUCGAAUUAAUAGCCCUCAUUACUUAACUAAGAUUAAGCUGACCACGCCUGGGACUCACACCUUUACCUUAGUGGUUUCUCAGUAUGAAAAACAGAACACGAUUCAUUACACAGUCCGGGUAUAUUCAGCAUGCAGCUUUAAUUUUUCAAAGAUCCCUUCACCAUACACCUUAUCAAAACGGAUUAAUGGAAAGUGGAGUGGUCAGAGUGCCGGAGGAUGUGGAAAUUUUCAGGAGACUCACAAAAAUAACCCCAUCUACCAAUUCCAUAUAGAUAAGACUGGACCAUUGCUGAUUGAACUGAGAGGACCAAGGCAAUACAGCGUUGGAUUUGAGGUUGUGGCAGUUUCUGUAACGGGAGAUCCUGGUCCUCAUGGCUUUCAGAGGAAAUCUAGUGGCGACUAUAGGUGUGGAUUUUGCUACUUAGAAUUGGAAAACAUACCUCCUGGAAUUUUCAAUAUCAUCCCCAGUACUUUUUUGCCUAAACAAGAAGGACCUUUUUUCUUGGACUUCAAUAGUACUAUCCCCAUUAAGACAACACAACUCCAAUGAUAGAGAACUCUCAGCUGUUACUAGAUUCCAUACUUACCAGUCAUCAACUCUUCAGAUAAGAGAGAAAUCAUGACAGUGAACCAUCAGAAUGGCAUUAAAUCAAAAAACAUGUUACAGUGGAAUCUGGUGCUUGUUAUGGUGUUUGGUAAGAGUUGUACAUAGGCAGAAUUACCUACAUCACCUAGAAGUACUGUUGACAUGGUUUUGUGCAUACAGAGUUGGCAUGUACUUAGGGGCUGACUUUGUAUAAAUUACAGAUUAGAUUCAGCCAUCACUGUGAGAUGCUUUUGCUAACAGGACAGGGGAACUGGAACAAGAUGAAGACAAUGAGGGCCACAGACUCCCUGAGUGCAAGACAGGCUAUUUUAGUAUCUUCCAUAUUUACAUUAUGUUUCCCGCUUUUACAGAGCACGUAAGUUUAACCUGUUUAUGUUGAAACCCACCAUACAUCCUAGGCAACUAAUUACCAAAUGAAUCAUGUCACUGAAACUAAUUUGAAUUUUUCAUUGUCUUUAAAUGUUUGUUGUUGCCUAGAUGUUUUUGAAAGAAUAAAGCUUUAAAAAGUACUAUUUAGCUUAGCAUGAAAAUGCUCAGGCUUAAGAAUGAAGGUUAUCAUGUUAGAUCCAUCAUCCAUUGUAGACAGAACUGAGGUCUAUUUACUGUUGCUGUUCUUAAUUCUUAGCAGGUUGGUGAAUGUAGUAAUCGGAGACUUGAAAUGUUAAAGUUUAGUGUGUAGAGUUUUUUAAUUGCUCUAUAGUCAGUGCUUUUAUAAACAGGGAUUUGGAAAGUCCUUGGGAAUAUAGUAUAUGGUGACAGAGGUAUACAGCAUUCAUAAAAAGUGAGUUGCCAGGAAUUAGUGUUGUGUAAAUUCCCAUUUGUUUACAUAAAAAUCAUCAGUACAGAAUGAUGCUCAAGAUUUUAAAGUUCUGGGAAAUGGGAUUUGUCAUUGUCUCUACUUUAUAAUUAUCAAAACUUUCUACUGCUUUAAUUGAAAUAAAAUAUUUAUACUUAUGGUUUA